GAUCAAGAUGAAGAACUACAAUGAAGACAGUCAUCCAAUAGAGAGCCACAGGAGACACAGUGGCUACAGUCAGUCCAGGAUCCUGGAAAUUGAAAGAGCUGAAAGGGCUGAGUUUCUUGAACUCCUUCACCGAGUAGAGAGACUGUAUAACUCACGGAGUCGCCAAAUUGAUGAGAUCAGGAAGAGAAUGGGAUUUUCCGUCCACCAGGAUACCCUUACCUCACCUCAGACUACAGCUUCUCCAAUUUUAAAGGAUGACAAAAGGGUUCGGACGUUCAGGACCAACCAGACGAUGGUAGAAGAGGAGCCUUUCUCCAAGAAGAGGCUGGGUCUGGGCAGUAAGAUGGCAGGGUGGAACGCUGCAAACAGGAGGAACCCACGUACACACGCUUCCCUCAGCUCUGUGGACAUGCCCACUCCCACUGAGCUGAGGGCCAUUUCAAAAGUCAGCCUUUUCACCCCCAGUCCUCCUUCUUCCCCUCCUCCCAGAGCAACCAGGAGACCGUCUUGUCUCCCGAAGCUGCCCGGCACACAGAAAAGGACCUCGCCGUGGUUUCCCGGCAGUAGCACCCAAGGUUCCAGCACCUCCAUCAGAAGCUGCCCCACCCAACAGAAGCGGACUUCGUUGUGGGACACCGACGGUGGCGCCCAGAGUGCCAGCACCACCUUUGGACCCCCCCCUGCCACAGAAAAGGACCACGCCGCGGGACCCUGGUGGUGGCACCCAAAUUUCCAGCACCUCCAUCAGAAGCUGCCCAGCCCAACAGAAAAGGACCUCACCAUGGGACAAAAUGUCACCCAAAUGAAGACCUCUAGCCUUUGGUCAAUCCUGCAAAGAGCCUGUCCCUCUGCUUCACGCAGCUGA